AAACGCUGUAUCCUUGCAUUUAAACAUGUUGUAUUUCUCCACUACUUAUAUCACGUAUCCGGUGCCGGACAAAGUUAAUUAAAAGGUUAGCGCUAAUUAAGGGAAACGGACACGCAUAUGCGACAACAUGGGACAUGCCGAAUCACGGCUUGCUUAAAAAUAAACUGCUCGUUUGCACGUGAACAGUAUAUACGUGCGCAUUUGUGUUUUUACAUGCGAAAACACCAAAAAAGGAAGAAUACUUCAGGAGUCGAAGUAUAAAAAUCAGAUAUAGCAGAUUGCCAGAAACAGUUUGCGGAAUAUUCAGUAUCCGAGUGUAGUCAACAAAAAAACGGAGCUUAGAAUAUAAAGAAAAUUAAAAUGGUGAAGUCCACUGAAUUGGCUGCAGUUAUUAUGUUUGCGUUUAAUCUAGCCGCAUGCGCCUCGUGUCUCUUCACAACCGGUUGGUUCGUGUACACAAAAGACGGAAUUUAUCACCAGAAAGGCUUGUUUCUGUCUUGUUUGGAUGGUUCUUGCAACAUUGAUAUAGUGUCUCAAACAGUUGUUGCCAACGUCACGCUUGGUUUGAUGUCAGUUUCUUGCCUUGGAAUGCUGCUCGGCCUUGCUUGGUUGUUGGUUGGAAUUGUUCACGAAAAGAGGCAAAUUGUAAAGAUCGGUUCUGCUGUUUACAUUCUUGCAGGUAUUGGAUCGUUUGCGGCUGUCAUGGUAUAUACAGGUCAAACACUGAUUUCAAAGUCGUCGCCUCCGCCCUUUGGAUACAGUUACGCCUUAGGUUGGGUGGCAGGCAUCGGCGGAAUUGUUUCUGGCACGGUUGGUUUACUAGCGAGUAAGAAGACAUACGACGUCAUAUAAAAAUGUCUGUAUUGAGCAAUUUGAGUGAAACUUUGUAUAUUGUAGUCACAACAGUGGGUGUGUGGUUUGGCACAGCAGUUUUGUAAUAACAGUUUAAGCAAAUA